UGCCGGUGGGCUGAUGUAAAGUUGCAUUUCAGCAGCAGAAUAGACAGCACCCAUAGUAGCUCCUGGGGCUUCAUUUCCAUUGAAUACAAAUAUUUAGUUUCCCCUCCUCAGUGGACUGGCGUAGCACCUGCACUGACAUGGCGACGGAGAUAACGAAAGGUGUGGAACAAGUCUCAGUGGGUGAGCUGUAUGUGUCGGACAAAUGUGGCAAUGACCAGGAUGGAGAUGGCACGGAGCAGAAACCCUUCAAAACUCCUCUGAAGGCGCUGAUGUUUGCUGGGAAGGAGCCAUUUCCGACCAUCUACGUAGAAUCCCAGAAAGAGGGAGAGCGCUGGGCAGUGAUUUCUAAGACGCAGAUGAAGAACGCAAAAAAAGCCUUUAACCGUGAGCAGAUGAAGUGCGAUGCCAAAGACAAGAAGGAGGCAGAGGACACAGAGAGGAGAGAGAAGAACCUGGAGGAAGCCAAGAAGAUCACGAUUGAGAACGACCCCAGCCUGCCGGAGCCCGAAACGGUAAAAAUCCAUCUUCUGGAGGCCAAAAGAGGUCAGAGAGUCAAAGUGUUUGGAUGGGUUCAUCGCCUCAGGAGACAAGGGAAAAACCUGAUGUUCAUCGUGCUGAGAGAUGGAACUGGUUUCCUUCAGUGUGUCCUGUCUGAUAAACUGUGCCAGUGCUACAAUGGUCUGAUGUUGUCCACAGAGAGUACUGUUGCUCUGUACGGGACUGUCACUCCAGUUCCUGAGGGGAAACAGGCACCUGGAGGCCACGAGCUGCACUGCGACUUCUGGGAGCUGAUCGGCUUAGCCCCGGCAGGCGGGGCCGACAACCUGCUGAACGAAGAGUCGGACGUGGACGUCCAGCUGAACAACCGACACAUGCUGAUCAGAGGAGAAAACGUCUCCAAGAUCCUCCGAGUCCGCUCCACCGUCACUCAGUGCUUCAGGGACCACUUCUUCAGCCGCGGAUACCACGAGAUCUUUCCUCCAACCCUGGUGCAGACUCAGGUGGAGGGCGGCUCCACGCUGUUCAACCUCAACUAUUUUGGCGAGCAGGCAUACCUGACACAGUCCUCCCAGCUCUACCUGGAGACCUGCAUACCUGCUCUGGGAGACACCUUCUGCAUCGCCCAGUCGUACCGGGCCGAGCAGUCCCGCACCCGCAGACACCUGUCUGAGUACACUCACAUCGAGGCCGAGUGUCCCUUCAUGUCGUUUGAGGACCUGCUGAACAGACUGGAGGACCUGGUGUGUGACGUGGUGGACCGAGUGCUCAAAUCUCCCGUCGCCCAGCUGCUCUACGACAUCAACCCCAACUUUAAACCCCCCAAGAGGCCGUUCAAGAGGAUGGAGUACACUGAAGCCAUCGAGUGGCUCAGAGAGCACGACAUCAAGAAGGACGAUGGCACCUACUAUGAGUUUGGAGAGGACAUCCCUGAGGCUCCAGAGAGGUUGAUGACCGACUCCAUCAACGAGACCAUCCUGCUCUGUCGCUUCCCAGCCGAGAUCAAAUCCUUCUACAUGCAGCGCUGUGCCGAUGACCGACGCCUCACCGAGUCGGUCGACGUCUUGAUGCCAAAUGUUGGCGAGAUUGUUGGAGGCUCGAUGCGUAUCUGGGACGCAGAGGAGCUGCUGGAAGGAUACAAGCGGGAGGGAAUCGACCCGACCCCGUACUACUGGUACACUGACCAGAGGAAGUACGGCACAUGUCCUCACGGCGGCUACGGUCUGGGUCUGGAGCGUUUCCUCACCUGGCUGCUGAACAGACAUCACAUCAGAGACGUCUGCCUGUACCCACGGUUCAUCCAGCGCUGCCGACCCUGAACACACACACACACACAUAUUCUGUUAGCAUAUUUGGAUCUGGCAUGUGGCAGCACCCUGCGAGCCAUAAAAUCUGUUGCUAAAUUAUUGAAUCAAAUCACAACAAAUUCUACAUUCUCUUCCCUUUGGCAGUUUUACUCUCAGUUGUUAAAUGUCCACAGAUCUCUCUGUGAUGUCUCACCACAGACAGUUAGAGACUACCCUGCUGUGCUCUGCCUCAAACUUCACAGCCUUCUUGUUUGUGCUUUCAGAUCAUUUCUGCCUCUGCCUGUGCUCAUUGGCUCAUCAUUUAACCAAUAAAAAAACACAGUUUCCUGUGAUUGUGCUGGGAAAAAGA